GCUCAGGAAGAUGCUGAGAAGCUGCGCUCGGUUGUAAUGCCUAUGGAGAAAGAGAUUGCAGCACUAAAGGAGAAGCUGACAGGAGCUGAAGAAAAAAUAAAAGAGUUGGAAGCAUCAAAGGUUAAAGAACUGAACCAUUAUUUGGAAGCUGAGAAGUCAUGUAGGACAGACUUAGAGAUGUAUGUGGCUGUUCUCAACACACAAAAAUCAGUCCUGCAAGAAGAUGCAGAAAAGCUGCGGAAAGAACUGCAUGAAGUCUGCCAUCUCUUAGAGCAAGAGCGGCAACAGCAUAACCAGUUGAAACACACAUGGCAAAAAGCCAACGACCAGUUCUUGGAGUCUCAACGUUUGCUGAUGAGGGACAUGCAGCGUAUGGAAAUCGUUCUGACCUCUGAGCAGCUCCGACAAGUUGAAGAGCUGAAAAAAAAGGAUCAGGAAGAAGAUGAUCAGCAAAGGCUUAGCAAGAGAAAGGAGCAGAAGCAAAAAGAUUCAGAUGACGAAACGAAAGUUUCAUCUUCUCUAGCCCAUGAGGAAACCCUUACCCAGCUCUCAAGUGAAGAGGUGCAUGUCAAUAGCACCCAUGGCUCAGUCCAUUCGCUGGAUGCAGACUUGCUUAUUUCUUCUGGUGAAUCUUUCAAUAAAUCAGAUAAUGAUAUGUUUAAAGAUGGACUACGGAGAGCACAGUCAACAGACAGUCUGGGGACAUCUGGAUCUUUACAGUCCAAAGCUUUAGGAUACAACAACAAAGCAAAAUCUGCUGGGAACCUGGAUGAGUCAGACUUUGGACCACUCGUUGGAGCAGAUUCAGUGUCUGAGAACUUUGAUACAGCUUCCCUUGGGUCUCUGCAAAUGCCAAGUGGGUUCAUGUUAACCAAGGAUCAGGAAAAAGCAAUCAAAGCAAUGACACCAGAGCAAGAAGAGACUGCUUCGCUUCUUUCCAGUGUUACACAAGGGGUAGAAAGUGCUUAUGUAUCUCCUAGCGGUUACCGCUUGGUUAGUGAGACCGAGUGGAACCUCCUGCAGAAGGAGGUGCAGAAUGCGGGGAACAAACUGGGUAGACGCUGUGAUAUGUGCUGCAAUUACGAGAAACAGUUGCAAGGUAUCCAGAUUCAGGAGGCUGAGACAAGAGACCAGGUGAAAAAGCUGCAGGUGAUGCUGAGGCAGGCAAAUGACCAGCUGGAAAAGACAAUGAAAGAUAAACAGGAAUUGGAGGAUUACAUGAAACAAAGUGCUGAAGACUCCUCUAAUCAGAUCUCUUUGCUUAUGGCUAAAUGUCAAAAGUCGGAGAACUUCCUCAGUGAACUGCAGCAGGCAUUUUCGCAAGCAAAGAGAAGCGUCCAGGAGCAAAUGGCUGUCCUGACGCAGUCAAGGGAGCAGGUUUCGGAAGCGCUGGGGAGACUGCAGAAAGGUAAUGAAAGUCUUCAAGGAAAACACAGCUUGCAUGUGUCUUUACAGCAAGCCGAAGACUUUGUUCUACCAGAAGCAGCAGAGGAGCUCCGUGAGCUGAUUUUAAAAUACCGUGAAGACAUAAUUAGUGUGCGGACAGCAGCAGAUCACCUCGAGGAGAAACUUAAGGCAGAGAUUUUAUUCUUAAAAGAACAGAUUCAAGCUGAACAGUAUUUAAAAGAAAAUAUAGAAGAAACUCUACAGCUGGAAAUAGAAAAUUGCAAAGAGGAAAUAGCUUCCAUUUCCAGUUUAAAGCCUGAACUGGAAAGAAUAAAAAUGGAAAAGGAACAGUUGGAAAGUUCUUCGCAGGAAAACCUGCAGCAGCUGGAGAGUCUGCAGGAAACAAAAAACACUCUGGAAGAACAGCUGAAGAAGGAGACGGCAGCAAAGGCAAACCUUGAGCAGCUGGUGUUUGAAGAGAAGAAUAAAGCUCAGCGGUUGCAGACUGAAUUAGAUGUCAGUGAGCAAGUGCAGAGAGAUUUUGUAAAGCUUUCUCAGACGCUUCAGGUGCAGCUGGAGCGGAUCCGGCAGGCAGAUUCCCUGGAGAGAAUCCGUGCAAUCCUGAAUGACACAAAACUGACGGACAUUAAUCAGCUUCCUGAAACAUGACACCCUGAUGAGCGGGCUCCAAGGCUGCGUUUGGGGUUUUUAACUCAUCUUUAUAGCAACAUUAAUUAUUAUUUAACUCUAACCGAAAGAGCAGAAGACAACAGAGGGGAGCAAUGACUAAGUUUUGUUUCUAGAGGGGAAAAAGGUUUUUGUACUGGGCGGAAAGAGAGCACGGGGUGACUUGCAGUGUAGGAAGGAGAACUUUCUAGUGGAAACACUAAUGAGUGUGGUGUUUUGUGUUCCACUGAGUGGGAUCAGUCCUUACAUUCUGAAAAACUUCCCCUCUUUCAGCCGACCUCAUAACCUACUAUAACGUUUUGGAACAUUUACCCUCAGUCUUUCCCUCUUUCCUUUCCCCCUACUACUGUGAUCAAAGUAGCUGCUGGAAACCAUAUUGUCCCUCCAAAACAUUGAAGAGCAAAGUGGUUGAAGUUUUUCUGUUUGAAUAGUCAGUAACAGUAUUCAGCUAGCAGAGAGAAUGAGGUGUAGAGUAUGCUGUAUGAAUAUUUUAUAUUAAAAUAUGACUUUAUUAGCAGGA